AUGGGCAAUACAGUAAGAGGAAUUAUUGCAUUCAUCCCAUCAAACAGCUGCCAAAAAUACCUACUCGGUGACUUGGAAGAAAUGCCUAUAGAUAAGAUGGUGGACUUGAGCAGUAUGCAACUUAGGAGAUUUCCUCUAAGAGUAUGUGCAUUCACAGAACUUGUCAAGCUCUACCUAAGUGACAACAACCUAAACAACCUUCCUCCAGAGCUGGAACUGCUGCAGAAUCUGCAGAUACUAGCCUUGGAUUUUAACAACUUUAAAAUUCUUCCACCAGUUGUAUGCAGCCUCAAGCAGCUGUCUAUAUUAUACCUUGGAAACAACCGGCUUAAAGACCUUCCACAAGAACUAAGUUUUCUGAAGAACCUGCACACUCUUUGGAUUGAGGCCAAUUAUUUCGAAAAUUUGCCUGUUGUCAUCUGUGAGCUGCCUCUCUUAAAGACGCUUCACGCCGGUUACAACCCAAUCCGAAACAUUCCCAUGGAGCUUAAGAAUUUAAGAGAACUGAAAAGUAUUUGGAUGUCAGGAACACUUCUUGAGAAAUUUCCACCAGUAUUCUUGGAAAUGUCUUUCCUGGAGAUCAUUGAUGUGGACAGAAAUGCUAUUAGAUCUUUCCCAAGUCUGAAGCACAUGUUGGGGUUGAAACUUGUUAUCUAUGACCACAAUCCAUGUCGCAAUGCUCCAAAAGUAGCAAAAGGUGUUCGGAGAGUUGGAAGAUGGUCUGAAGAAAGUCCAGAACCCAAGAAAAGGUCUGAGAUGGAAGCAGAGCUUGAAAAGCUUAUAGAAAGUAAAGACGUACACUCUACAGUUGUUAAUGAAGCAACACCGCAGAAUGUUAGUCAUAUGGAAGCAACCACUUCAUUAAUCUAA